ACCCCACGUCCACUCCACAGUCUGCAGCAUCCCAACCCAACCCAACGCCUCGCCCACGAAAAGCUGCCAAGCGAGUCGAGUCGAGACGAGACGAGACGAGACGAGCCAUGUCGGCCGCCAGCACCGAGACGAGCGCCCCACCGCUGCCCUCCGCCGCCGCCGGCCGCGUCUUCUUCCAGGCCGCGCCCGGCGUCGGCUGCGCCGGAUCGGCCCCGCUGGUCGUCAGCGGCGGUUCGGACGACCCGGUGCAGAAGCGGCAGGGCAAAGUGACUGUCAAGUACGACCGCAAGGAGCUGAGGAAGCGGCUGGUGCUCGAGGAGUGGAUCAUCGAGCAGCUCAGCGAACUCUACGACUGCGAGGAGGAAGAGAUGCCCGAGGUGGAGAUCGACAUCGACGACCUUUUGGAGGUGACCAGCGAUGACGAGAGAGCCGUCAAGCUGCAGGAAUCCUUAAUAGACUGUUACAAACCGACAGAGGAUUUUGUCCGUGAGUUGCUGGGCAGGAUAAGAGGAAUGAGGAAGCUCAGCGCUCCAUCUAAGAAGGGUCUAUAAUGUCAGAGAGCUCGACCUCAUCGGCUUUGGAACCCCCCCGCCCCGCCCCGCCCCGCCCCG